AUGGAACGACUUCUGUUACUGAAAAAUAUAGCUGAAGCUGUUAUUGCUGUUAUAGCUGUUACUAUCUUUUUAAAGAUAUACCAAAAAUUUUUAUACGAUUACGAGUGCGAGAAAGAAGGUUUAAGCAGUCCGGCAGAUUUGCAACAAGCGAUUGACGGCAAUCGACGUGAGGGCCGUCGAUCAACGUCCAGUAACUCAAAUUUCCCACAAAUUGGUUACUCGUUAUCCCAUCACAAUCCUUCUUCUUUGCUCAAUAAACGUUCAAAUGGAUCUCUCAACUUUCGAAACGGUCAUUAUUUACUACAGUUUACAGAUGAUCCUGGUCUUGGGCCAUCAGCUUCACAACAAGCUGCUUUUGUUGCUGCAUAUCGAGCUGAACAAAUUGCUGCUCUACAAGCUCAUCAGCGGCAACUAGAAAAAGCUCAGAGAGCAGCUGUAGAGGCAGCUUCACGUCAGACUUAUCACGCUUCAUUAUCUGGGCGUGAGUCUACAUCAUCUGUUGACUCAGAUGGCACACCAGCUAAAAGACCUCGGCGAUCAUCAGAAUCAAAAAAUGACACGAAUGAGGAGAACUGUACAGGGUGUACCAACGAACAGUCAACUGACAGACUUUUUGAUACGAUUCCUUCAGCACAUUUAAAGAUUACAAGCCGUGGAGUUUUUGCUCAGACUUAUAAGCGGAAAAAAGCAAAACCUCUUAUUGUCUUGUCUGAAAGGCACAGAACGAAUAGCACAAAAAGUUCGCUGGUGGUGUCGAUGGAAAUAAAUGGUAUCAUGUAUCAAGGAGUGCUGUUUGCACUGAAUCCGUCGUUGCAGGUAACCACCCAAGAAGAUGCUGCUUCAGAUACCGGUGAUGGCAACAGUAUCACGAAUUCUCUAAAAAUUGCUUUGUAG